UUACCUCAUAGUUCUCUCGUGGUUAUGGUCAUUGUGAUUCAUUCCUUCCUUUCGUUUCUUGGGAAAGUGAAUCAACAAACAAAAGCGUCUUUCGUCGGAGCUACAAUCCUAGAGCUUCAACUGAGUAGAAAUAGAAUAAUUGCCGAAUGUGCCGAAUAAAAGCCGAUGGGCGGUGGGCGAUGCCGUUUAUUUGCAACUUGGACGGCAAUGCAACGGCCGAGCUAAAGCCGCUACGGUUAACCUGUUUCAAGAAAAUCAGAUCUUCAAAUUUAGUUAACGGAUGAAUAGGGUAGGUUGGCACUUCAGGAUAAACACACGGGCCCCAAUUUAACAACGUUUAUUGUCUUUGACCGUCAUAUGCACAACAUUCAUCAUAACUUUUCAUGUGAAAGAAGUGACAGCGGGCAUGUAUUGUUUAUCGCGGUUCUUUAUUGCUUGCUGCGUUGUUGGAUCCUCUAAGUCCGCUAUUAAUUGCCUUGGCCUCGGAGGAAGACUCUCUUCAAGUUUGUCAAAACACAUCUUUAAAGUCCGUGAUAAUCCAAUUAUUAUGAAACUGGAUAGUAAAGAGUUUAAAGCGGUGUUUACACCUGAGCUCGAAACUCUAGCAAACAUAUUCCGCAAGAACAAUUAUGAGAUACGAAUUGCUGGGGGUGCUGUCAGAGAUCUUCUUAUGGGUAAACAGCCCAAGGAUCUCGAUUUUGCUACUGUGGCCACUCCAGAUGAAAUGAAAGAAAUGUUAAACAAUGAAGGAAUCCGUAUGAUAAAUCCCAAAGGAGAGGCUCAUGGUACUAUCACAGCACGUAUCAAUGACUCUCAAAAUUUUGAAAUUACAACAUUGAGAAUAGAUAUUGAAACUGAUGGGAGACAUGCCAAAGUACAAUUUACCAAGGACUGGCGUUUAGAUGCGAACCGAAGAGAUCUGACUAUCAAUUCUAUGUUCCUAGAUCUUGAUGGUACUGUGUAUGACUACUUCCAUGGGUAUGACGAUCUUGUAAAGAGAAGAGUUGUUUUUGUAGGGCAUGCAGAGGAUCGGAUAAGGGAGGAUUAUCUUCGUAUUCUUCGUUUCUUUAGAUUUUUUGGAAGAAUUUCAACUGAUCCAAAUAAUUAUGAUUCUGAAACUAUUAAUGUCAUUAAAGCCAAUGCCAGUGGCUUAGAUAGGAUAGCAGGGGAACGCAUCUGGUCUGAGCUGCGUCUCAUCCUCUCAGGAAACCAUGGACCACUCAUAUUUGAUAAAAUGUUAUCGAUUGGUUUGGGUCCUCAUUUAGGUCUUCCUGAAGAACCUAAUAGAAAAGAACUUUUGUCAUUAAUUGAAAGGACAAGAGGUACUGUACUUAAUCCAGUUACAUACUUAUCAGCAUGCAUUAAUGAUUUGAAAGAGGCCCUGACACUAAAUGCGCGUCUGAAAAUGUCCACAUUUGAAAGAGAACUAGCCUAUUUUAUUGUAGAACAUCGAGCCGAAAAUUGUGACAUAAAACCAUUGUUGCGCUUUCAGAAGUUAAUGUUAAACACAAAGUUUAAGGUGUCAGACGUGCGUCAAUGGUGUGUUGAAGUUUUGUUGUAUGAUGGCCGUUCAGAACUGGCUGAAGAAAUAAAGCAAUGGGAAAUGCCACGGUUGCCAGUCACUGGCAGUGACUUGAAAUUCCAUGUUCCAAAUGCGAGACAAAUGUCUGUAGUUGUGUCAGAACUAAAAAAUUACUGGGCUGAUAACGAUUACAAACCAGAAGCUGAAGAAUUGUUAGCCUUGGUUCCCAAAAUCCUAGAAGAAAAUGUGCAACCAGUACCAAAGAAAAAGAAAUAGGCUCACCAUGGAUAUAGGAGUCUUUGUUUGGUAAGUGCUUUUCUGUGACAUUUGUACUGCUCCACCAACAACCUCAGUCAGAGAUGACUUUUUGCUUCAUGUGUAAUGUACAUUGUGUGUCCUUGUGCAAAACAAUCUGAAACUGCUCCAAACCAAUUUAUUUUUAAGUUGGAUGAUGUGCUUUUUACAGACUAGUAUUUUUCCUACUCGGUAAUAUUUCUAAUACACCUUCAUCAAAAGGAAUGUUUGUUGUACACAAUCCUCUUUAAGCUCUUUGGCCUAAAUCUCCCUUAGCUACUAAGUUCCAAUUUUUAUUUUACAUCCCUAAAUCUUUAACUUUGCUUUUAGUAUGUUGCUGGGGGUUUCUUUCUUUAUUCUCUUUGUAAUGAUUAUAAGAUGAGUCAUUGACAAUGACCAGAAAAUUUUCCCACUAAACCACCUUAUGGUGAAUCAAGAAACACCAUUCUUGCCAUUAGGUUAAUGGUACUGUGUUUCAUACCUAAUUUACACUUACACAGUUUCAGAUACAAUUUUAUUCUAUCCUUUUUACACAGAUUCAGAUACAAUUUUAUUCUUUUCUUUUUAUUAGAGAUUCUUCCAUUUUCUGUUUUUCAGCAUUAACAGAAAUUCGAAUUUAUUACAAGGGACUUAACAGGCACAACACAAAAAUUUGCCUCAGCAAAUAGCCUUACCUAUGUAUGUACUAGGUGUAUCAGAGCCAAAACGUGUUGCGGAGCGUUGCCUUCUCUAUUGGGCUCCCGGGGCAAGGGUGCCUUAUGGGCAGGGAGAGUAGACAAACCUGCAACACUGGGGGGUUUGCUCUGAUACACCCCGUGCAAGUUGUAAAAUGGUCCAAAUUACAAAGUAAUGUUAGACAAAUUCAAUUUAGGUAAUUAGAAAUUUUCAUGUACCAGUACUUUAAUGUUUAAGUAAUAGAAAAACCUGAGCAAACAUCUGUAUAAGAACCUAAUAUUAUUGUCAUGAGUAAGUACAAUGCAUGAUGUAAACCUCUGAAAAAGCAGUGGAGCAUUAACUGCAUCGGUCAAUGGAAGUUACUGUCCUAUGACUCUACAAAUAAAUAAAUAAACAUCAUAAAAUACAUCAA